GAUUGUUGCAGAUUGUUGCAGAUUGAGACAACGCAAAUCAGAAGAAGAUGCCGAAGAAGUCAAACAAGUCGUGGGGCGGUCGCAAUAACCGAGGAAAUGAGGAUAAGGGUUACUUUGCUCAUGAUGACCGAGUAGGAAGACAAGGAAGAGAUAGAAGACCUCAUGGUUCAAUUAAGCACCGAGUAUCAUUUAAAACUCAUACACCUAACAAUAUGUCUCGUAAUUUAGCAUUUGCUAAUUUGGAUGAUGAUAUUCCUAUGACUUCUAAUAAUAAUACGAGACAAGUAGUACUCAAUCCGAAUAAUAGAGAACGAGCUGAUAGAGGUUGGCGUAAUGCUUCUCGUGGAAGAAAUAGUCCUAUGCCAAAUAGAAAUUUCAAAGGAGGUCAAUCAGGUUCUAGACGACCUCCUCCUUUGAGAGAAUCCAGUUGGUAUAGAGUUACCAUACCAUAUGGCCAAAAAUAUGAAAAGGAUUUUAUUAUAAAUACCCUUUUGAAUUAUAUAACGCCCAAUGUAUUUGUACCGAUACUG